UGAACGUCCCGCAGUUUUCUGUCCCGCCGCUGGACCUGGUGUCGGAGGACAGAGGUCAGGCCGCUGCUGCUGAGACGCCAAAGACUCUCCCUAAUGAGUGUCGAAAUGUUUUUAUAACCUACUCCUCCGACGCUUCACAAGAGAUGGCUGCGCUUGUAGAAUUCCUCUCUAAACAUGGUUUCAGACCGGCAAUCGACUUACUGGACGACCCCAUUAGACAAAUGGAUGCAAACAGAUGGGAGGACAGCUACCUCAGAGACCCCUUGACCCUGAUAAUCAUCGCCAUCAGUCCCAAAUAUAAAGCUGACAUCGAGGGCUCUGAAGUGGAUCCUCAUGGACUACACACGAAAUAUAUACACUUGAUGAUGCAGCAGGAAUUCAUCCAACAAGGAAGCCUCAACUACAGGUUCAUUCCGGUGCUCUUCCUCGAUGCAACCCAGAAGCAUGUUCCUGGUUGGCUUCGGAACACAGAGGUGUACCACUGGCCCCGGGACACCGAGGACCUGCUGCUGCGGCUGCGGAGGGAGGAGAGAUUUGGGGCCCCUCCUGUACCGACAGAACUGACUCUUGUCAUCAGACCUGUGACCUGAAGCAGCGCGACAGUCGCUCC